UCUAUGUAUGUGUGUGUAGUUAACAAUUUAACAAAACACAAGUAUGAAAAUAACAAAUCGAUAUUACUGAAAUAUUUGUAAAUUGAAAUGUUUGAUUUUUACAUAUUAUGAAAGAAAAAUGUUGUUAAAAAGGAAUUUGCUUGAAACGCUAGCGAUAGUCUCGUGUGUAGGCACUUUAAUUUGUGUUUUGCUCAAUUAUUUAACAAAUAUAUCACCGAUUACCGGGAUUUGGUUUACAGUUUAUUUUCUAUUCGUUUUCAUACUGUCAAUACUAUUUAGUUUUAAGUUUAUACAGUGGCUGUUGCAUUUAAAUAAGCCUAUAAAUUAUGACUUGGAAGAUCUAUUGAAGAUUUAUCCUCAAUUUUCGUUUUUAACUCGAGUUUUACCGAAGACUAAGAAAAAAGUUGCCAAUAAUGAGUUUAAAGAGUAUGAUACCAACGAGCUCAGUGUUAUAUCCAGUGUGUUGGAGAGGAAGCUGGUGUCGUCCUGGUAUGUACCGUAUAUAUCGGAGGAGAUUGGAUUUCCGUUUGCUUGUAAACAAAUGUUGGAUCAAAUGAUUGGCAAAACAUUCCAGAUCUGUAACAAGACUGAAACAAAAGAUGUGUACAUUGACAUCUGUUCUAUCCUAGUGAGCCACUUGAAAGAGUAUAAGAGGGCUCUAAAACGCCAUGAGAGUGCACCAAACGAACCAAUCGAAUCUCUGUACAAGAAAUCCCAUUCUAUUUGGAAUACAUCGAACAAAGUCCAACCUGCUGAUCAUUGUGCUAAUAUUUUACGGGUGCUUCUUAAGGAGCUUGUAUCGUGGGAACUCUGGGAGACACCACACUUGGAGUUGCUAGUCAGAAUUCUGGCUAAGAAAUUAGAUAACUUCAUCGAGUCUACUUUAGCAGAUCCUAUUUGGAUAAAUGAUAAAUUGAUGAAUGCAUUAAAAUGUAAAGAAGGCAAGAAAGAAUAUAAAGAUGAAAAACCUGUUGAGGUUAAAGAGGAAAUUAAAGAGAAAAAAGAGGCAGCAAAAGAUCUACAAGAGGUAAAAAGUAUAGUUAAAGAACUACAAGAUGUUAAACCAGAGACAACAAUUGAGAGUGCAUUAUCAACUGUCAUUACAAAGAGUACGGCUCCAAUAUUGCAGAGAGCUAUAAACGAGAGUAUUGAUGACGAGGUAAAGUUGGGAAAUAUUAUAGAAGAGGUGCCAGUUACAUCCAGUGAGCCAGUGGACAUAAAGUCAUCACCCGUAUUGAGACAGCGGCGAGGAAGACAGGGCAGGAAUGAGGUGAAGAUCUAUGACAGGAUUAUUGAAGGCAGUGUGAAAACAUGGGAAUCAGAUAUGGAUUUACAGUGCAUUAGUCUCGGCCAGGACCUGUUGGCUAGUCUCGACGGAGAGAUCACACUGAGUCGGUUGUGGGGCCAGGAUACGGAAGCUGAUGGUAGCCCCAAUCCACCGCGAAGCAAAUCACCACAGACUUUGUGGUUUGGUGAAGAAGACACCAUGGAUCUAGAACUAGACACCAGCCCAAAGGAACGGAGCCCCGUAAAGAAAGAGCAGAGUCCGAAGCCAGCCGAUGCCCUGCUAAAGGACCUGCAGAGCACAGUGCACCAGGCUAAGACUAAGAUAGGCGACCUACAGGUCACAAACACUGCCAAAAUAGAUGUGCCCCCCAAGCGCUCCAGUGACGAGGCAGCUGGUAUGAUGGAAGGAUUGCUCGACUUCGGCAUAGCUGGCCUGAAGAAGGGACUUCGGUUUACCGGUCUCAGUGACGACUCGCAAGACAAGUCCCCGUCAUCCCACAAGGAGCGCGGCGUCGACAAGAUCUCGCCGGCAGAGAUCAACAAGAAGCCUGAAAACAAAGAGGCAGCCAUACCUAAUGCUCCACAAAAAGAUGACGUCAGCAGCACACAAGCGCCACCUUUAUUGAAACAACAGAGAGUUAUUUCUCAAGACAGUCUACCGUCGCAGGCGAAGCCUAUUCCAGCGGCGGCGGGGGUGCCCCGUGCUGAACCGCCGCCGGUGCCGCUGUGCGACAGCCCCGAGCCGGAGUACGAGGAGGCCGCCGACCUAUCCACCAGCAUCGCCAAGCUGCGCUGUCUGCUGCAGCAAAGAGCCGAAGCCAGCUCCAGGCCGGAGGAGGUGUGGUGGGAGGGCGCGGAGGAGACCCGAGGACGCAGCGCUAGCAGCACUCGGCCCGGACCUGUGGACACAGCCGCGCUCGCUGACGAGUACGACAUGAAUGCAGAUAGGAAUUCGUCGCCCGGACAAACGUCAAACAAUAUGCAAAGACUGGACAAGUUGUUCCAACGCACCGUCACCGGUGUGUUCAACUCUAUAAAGACGGCUGUGGGCGCGGAGGGCGCUGAGGUGGCGGGCGGUGCGGGGGUAGCAGCGGGCGGCGCGGGGCCAGUCGGCCCGCCGGGGGUCGAGUCGGCGCCGCAGCAACAGUGGACCUACGUCUGCACCUCUGGCGGACUUAGUGUGUGCGGCGCGGUGUCGCGCGCGGUGUGUGCGCGCCGCGCGCACGCGCACGUCGACGCCGCGCUCGACACGCUGCACGCGCACCCGCACCACCAGCACCACCACCACCACCAGCACCAGCACCACCACCAGCGGCAGCAGCAGCACGCGCGGCAGCCGCGCGCGCUGCUCGCCGCCGACGACUUCGAGGAGUGCCUGUGGUGCCGGUGGCGCGGGUGGUGCGGCGCUGGCGCAGCCGCGGCGGCCGCCGGCCUCGCCGCCUCGCACGUGGCGCAGCGGCUCGCGGCGCUGCUCGGCGCCGACCUAGCGGAGUCCUUGAUAGAUGCGUGGCUGGCGGAGCUAACCACGUGGCUCCGGCAGCAGGUGUUCGCGGUGUUCCGGAACAUGGCCCAGCAGGCCGACCUCCCCACCUCUACGCAGAAGGAGCCCUUGAUGGAGUUCAACAAAGAGGAGACCGUCGCCGCCAUAUUGGAGAGAAUGCCAGCUCUAUAUCUAUUCGGUGAGGAGACACUGUCGCGCGCCGUGACGCUGCUCGUGUCUAGUUUUACGCACAAAGACGUGAACAGGGACCUCGCGUUCCGCACCUUGGAUGUACUGGCGCUGCACUUCAAGAAGUCGGCCGCUUUGGGGAGCAUGUUCUUCGAUGGAAAUUAGUUUUUUUUUUUAAUAAGGUACUCUAAUUGCCAUGAGGGUGAUUGAUGAUGAGCGAAUCACCCUUGAUGGUGAUGAACUUCAAAUUUUCAUGAUGGGUAGACUAAGAUUAGAGUUAAAUUCGAUUCAGUAAGUUUGUUGUAAUUCUAUAACCGUUUAUAUUGACUGUUUUUUUAUUAAUGUGAAAUGUACAUUUUGGUUUCAACAUUCCAUGCGUUCUCUUGCGAGAUGGAGCGAUACGACCAGGUUGAUAUUGACCGUGUCUUUCAACUGAAUGACAAUUGACUUUUUUUAAUCAAAUUUUUGUUGAGGCUUUAGUACACCGGAGUGUAUAUGCCAGCCUCAUAGGGAUUGUCUUAAAGUGGGUCUGUCAGUCCGUCAGGGACACCUUUAGCCUCGAUUGUCUUUCAACCGACUAUUAAUAUGAAAUAAAUCUUAAUUUAUACACUAAGUAACAAACCCCUCGUCCGACGACGCGAAGCUGAUGUAUGAUAUGGUUGGAUGUAGGUUUUAAUGUAGAUCUACCUGCUUUGAGGCCUGCAUCGGACCAUAGAUUAUUGUUUUUUUUUUUUUAUUCCACGACAUUCCUUUCAUUCAUUUUAUUUGAUUUGGUGGUAUUUUUGAUUGUUAAAAAUUCGUAAAAUUGUGAACUUUUAAUUGUUAAAAUAUAUACAAUGAUGUCCUAAAAUUGAUUAAGGUACGACGGGACUGACGUGCCUAAAAGGACAAAGGUCCCUAAACAAAUAAAGAAAAAAAAAAGUAACAAACAAAGAAAAUUAAGAUAGAAGUGGUGAGCUGAUCGUUAAGUUCCCUCAGUCUUACGGCAUCCACGUCAAAGGAAGGGGUGGCCUAUUCUAUGCCGGGACCACACGGGAAAUAUACACUUGUGUUAUGUUUUAUACAUUAUACUGGCAUUGCAUCCGAUCUGAACACUAGAAAUUAUUCACAAAAUUCACUUUGAAUUCGGAUUCCAAUAAGUGUAUAAAAAUUCAAGUAAAAAAAUGUGCAUACUCAAAAAUCGCCUACUUGUAUUUAUUCGACGGGUAUCGAACCCAGAUCUCAAGGUCCUAGACCGGAAACCAUUAGGCCAAAGUUAUUAAAUUUUCGCUUUAAUCUUAUAUUUUGAAUUAAAUAUAUAUUAUUUUUAUAUUAUAUAAUUUACUACAGAGAUCUAUAUAAUAAACUUAAUUGACUAUGUACUUAGUUCUGUAAGAGAUUAUACAUAUGUCGUUACAUUUUCGUACAUAGUUUUAUAUAAAAUUCUCGUGUCACGGUGUUUGUUACCAAACUCCUCCGAAACGGCUUUAUCGAUUUUUAUGAAAUUUUGUGUGCAUAUUGGGUAGGUCUGAGAAUCGGCCAACAUCUAUUUUUCAUACCCCUCAAUGAUAAGGGUGACCCACCCCAAAAAAAUUUUUUUUUAUUUUUUUGACAAAUUUUUCCAUUUGUAUUUUAUUAUGAUUUAGCAUUGAAAAAUACAUAUAACCUCAAAUUUUCAUCGUUUUACGAUCAACCCCUGUAUUUUAAUCGCAAUUUUUAUAUUUCGCAAUAAGUGGUAAAACAACGUUUACGGGGUCAGCUAGUUGUUUUAAAUAUGAACUAUUUUGCAUUUUUUUAUAAGGUUAACUUACAGAUAUUAGUUAUAAACGUUGACGUUCAACUCAGGUAAGAUGUUAAUAGAAUCUUAUCUAAGUUGAUCUCAAUUUUUUUUUGAUGGGUGAAAAUGGUAUGGUAACCCCGCAUGCGCUAACGGGAUACGCUGGCGGAGCACCAGUGAAGGGUGAUAGAUGAGAAUGAAAACAGGCCAGUUAGCCCAUCAUGAUGAAUUCAUCAGGAAUUAACCAUGAUAGUUUCCAGGGGGAACCGCGUGGAGGUCGACCUGGUUGGGUAUAUUGCUAGCAAUGGGAUUCUCAGUCUCCAUUACUAACAACCCUUUACCCCCCUAAAAUAUUGUACAGGUCAUUUCUUUCAGCAUGGUGUGUAUAUGUGGGUAAUUCAACGAUUUUUCUUGCGUUAAUUCAGUAACUCGGGUGAACUCCACUGCGCCGUCUCAUUAACUCAAAAUUGCGUUGUGUUUCUCCAAGCUCAUUUCACCAGAGGGAGACUUUGUACAAAAGUCGAUUGCUUGGGUACCUCUGUCCCAUUCGUGUUUCAAACGUAAAGCAGUUGUAUUUGCAUGACUGUGUUUCGGUUUGAAGGGUGGGAUAUGGCGUGAAUUUACAGUGUACAGAGGAAUAACACCAGAGUCCCUAGGAAUAGCAACGCGUGGGGGGUAUCAUGUGCGAAACAGUAUACUCUGUUAUGUCCAUGGUACUCCUCAUGUCUAUAGGCGACGGUUACCACUUUCCAUCAGGUGGGCCGUCAGCUUGUUUGCCAUUCUAAGUUGUAUAAAAAAAAAAUAUAAAUGUGAUAAAAACAAAGCAUAUUCCGUAAACCAUCAAUUUAUUUAAAAUUCUAAAAAAAAACAACACUUUUAAUAUCACAGUGGUCGCAUAAUACGUUCACGAGAUUCUAAAUAGCACCUUAUUGUUACAACAAUAGAGUUUACAAUUACAUGCAUGUACAUGGAUAGAUAUUUUGUAAAAAUCUUCCUAAAGACGCAUAAAGUGAUUCAUAUUAAGUGGGCUUUGUAUUGUAACCUUUAGUAAAUUUUUGGGUUUAAAAACAAUGCACCUCUGAAUCCCCCCUACUGUAAAUCCACUUUAAUGUCAUUUUUCAAAGAAUAUGAGUUUAACAACAAAAUAAAGAUGUAAAAAAAUAUGAUUUGUAAAAUUGCGAUGUUUUUUUUUUAAUAAGUUUCAUUUUCAAAUUUUAAUUUUUCAAUAGACAAACAUAUAUUUUUGUGUAUUAAAAAAAUUUGUAUUUAGAAACGACAGGGAUCAUUACAGACAUCACGUAAAUGAUUAUUUUAACAUAUAAAAUCUCUUGUCACAAUGUUUGUUCACGUUAAUCUCCGAAACUAGUUAUAAAUGAAAUUUUCUUAAUAUCUAUUGUUUGUAACUUGAGAGUAGGACAUUUUUAUCAAUAUAAGAAAAUACAAAUCCAGUAGGUGGCGCUAGGGGGCAAAUAGCGUUUACCGGUUUAGCUAGAAUUUAUAUAUAAUUAUAUUAUUAUUUUUUU